CUACCUGAAUAUUCAUCGAGUUGUCGAUCAGGUACAAUAAUCAGUUAUAAGUUCUAUAUCUCGCGUCUAUAUCGUGACCCAACUUGGAAGUCCCUCCAGACGGCUGCUGCGUCCACAACACAACUAUAUAAGAGUUCCAUCGACGUGCAUCGGCGUGGAUUCGAGAAAGGCUUCCGUGCAGGUCGAAUCAGCUUGGCAAAGGUGGUUUUGAUCAAGUAU